AGUUGUAACGAUCGGUUCAGGCCAAUUUGAACAUAAAGCUCAACCUAACCUUAUUGACUUUGACACAUUGGUCAAAGUAGUGCUCGUCCAUACAGUGCAUAUAAACAUUUGUGUUUUAAAUUUCCAUCCUUCACUCUUUAACAAUGAGUAAUAAUGUGGAGUCAAUCGCGAAACUACCCCGUGUUUCAAUCACGAGCUCGAAUGCCGAACGAGCCAAGGAAAUCGUUACAAAAAUGGGAGCAAAGCAUUUAUCACAAAUGGCAGAGUCCGGCCUGUACUCAUUAGAUAUUGACAAUAAGUAUUAUAGUGCUCAACUGUUGUUAUGUACAAAUGAAAAUUUACCAUCCGAUCCAUCUAAGUUUGAGGCUCUAAUUUUUCACUGUGAUUUAAAUACGGAAAACUGUUUAAAGCAAUUUGAUGAGCAGGUCAUGCCAAUAAUAUCUAAUACAGAUGCUGAAAUAUUGUUGUUAGUGUGUGAUUCUAUUUCCAACAGUAGUGUGAGAGAAAAAACUGUAGAAUGGUGUGUAACAAAGAAGUUUGAACUUAUUGAAUUGGAACAACAAGCUGAUGUUAUGGAUUUUGAAGAUGAUCACAGUAAAUAUGGUAUUGACAGAAUAGUUGAAGUAUUAGAAGCUCAUGUAUGGCCAAAUGCCAGCUUCAAAUCAGCAGAAACUAAAAAGCACACACAAAAUGCACAAAAAGAAGUUGCGGAGGUGGGCGAACAAUUGGAAAACAUUGACUUGAGUAGUCCUCAAGAAGUUGUGGAUCAAUUGGAAUUCAAAGAUGUAUUAGAGAAUAUAAUGGAUACUAAUGAAGUGGACUUUGGCGCACUAUUUGGCCAAUUACAAGUGAUGAAAGAACAUGCACAACUUUUACCACACAUGCAAAGGAGAGUUGCUGCUGAACAAUUGGUAACAGCAUUUUGGAAAGCAAUUGGAGAAGAUCCCUCAGAAAUUGAGAGUGAUGACGAACCGUGAUUUACUUAUGUCAUCAAAACAAUAAGCUGAUGAAUUGUAAUUAAUUUUAUUGUAAUUAUACACAAAUUUUUGGAGAUGACAAAGUCAGCAAAAAUAAAAUUAUCAAUACAGUUUUUUUUGACUGACUUUGCAAUCUUCUUAAGUAAAUUGUUAAUAAUAA